CUCGCCGGGGAAGAAGGUGCCGCCGGACGGGCCGCGAGGCGGCGCAGCAGUAGACCGCCGGCGGGCAGCCUGAGCGAGCACCUGGGCGAUGGGCCGCCCGCAGACUGCGGCGCUGCUGCUGCUGUGCCUGCUCGGCGCGGCGCUGGCCAGCUGGGACGCCGACGACGACCCACUGUCGACGGUGGACGUGGAGGCGGUGCUGGGUCGCGGAACCACUCUGCCCUGCGACGUGCAGCCAGCCACCAGGGAGGACCGGGUCUACAUGGUGCUGUGGUUCCGGCAGGGCGCUGGCAGGCCACUCUACAGGUUCGACGUGCGCGGCCGACCGCUCGCCAAGGCGCUGCACUGGUCCGACGCCGCCGCCUUCGGGCCCCGCGCGCACUUCGAGCCGCGCGGCGCGCCCCAGGGCCUGGCCGUCGACGCCCUGCAGCUGGACGACGAGGGCACCUACCGCUGCCGCGUCGACUUCCGCAACUCGCCCACCAGGAACUACCAGGUCAACCUCGUCGUCGUGGUUCCGCCGCACCAGAUGCUGGUGUACGCCAACUCGGGCCGCCCCGUCAGCUCGGAGGUGAUUGGUCCGCUCACGGAGGGCGCGGAGCUGACCCUCACCUGCGAGGUCAGGGGAGGCAAGCCGCCGCCCCGGGUGACGUGGCACUGGGACGAGCAGCCGGCGGAGGGGCAGCUGGCCCCGGGGCUGCGCGGGGUGGUGGUGAGCCGCCUGGAGGUGGGGCGGGUGCGCCGGCGACACCUGCACUCUGCCUUCACGUGCCGCGCGCGCAACACGCAGCUGCUGCCGGCCCUGGAGAAGUCGGCGCGCCUCGAGAUGUACCUGAGGCCGCUGUCAGUGCGGCUGGCGAGCAAGCCGCGCUCCCUGGAGGCGGGGGCGGAGGCGGCGCUGACCUGCGAGGCGGCGGGGUCUCGCCCGGCGGCGGCGCUCACCUGGUGGCAGGACAACAGGAGGUUCCACCGCGGCGAGCUGACCUCCGGGGACAACCAGACGGUGUCGUGGAGCCGGCUGGUGUUCGCGCCGGGCCCAGAGGACGACGGCCGCCUGCUCAAGUGCCACGCCGAGAACCCCAGCGUGCCCGGCUCCCAGCUCGACGACUCGCUGCUGCUCAGCGUCUUCUACCCGCCGCAGGUGGAGCUGCAGCUGGGCAGCAAGAUGGUGCCGGACAGCAUCAAGGAGGGCGACGACGUGUACUUCGAGUGCGACAUCCGCGCCAACCCCCGGGAGCACCGCAUCGUGUGGCUGCACGACGGCUUGGUGGUGACCCAGAACAUGUCGUCGGGGGUGAUCCUGAGCCAGAACAGCCUGGUGCUGCAGGGCGUGACGAGGCACGCCUCCGGCAGCUAUGUCUGUGUCGCAGCCAACACGCGUGGAGAGACCGCCAGCCGGCCAGUGCUGCUCCGCGUGCAGUACGCGCCCGUGUGCCGCUCGGACGAGGUGCAGCUGGUGGGGGCGUCCCUGGACGAGACGGUGCGCGUGCGCUGCGAGGUGAGCGCCGACCCGGACGACCUGCGCUUCGACUGGCAGUUCAACCACAGCGGGGAGAGCGUGAGCGUGCCGCGCGCACGGCACCGGCCGGGCGGCGCCGGCACGCUCGGCUACACGCCCGCCUCGGAGCGCGACUACGGCACGCUGGCGUGCUGGGCCAGCAACGCCGUGGGGCGGCAGGCGGAGCCCUGCGUCUUCCAGGUGCUGCCCGCAGUGCGGCCGAGCCCGCUACAGAACUGCACGCUGCGGCCGGCGGGCAACGGGACCGGCGCCGGGCUGCAGGUGGACUGCGUGGCGGGCUUCGACGGCGGCCUGCCCCAGCGCUUCGCGCUCGAGGCCUACGAGUCGCGCACCAUGAAGCUGCGCCUGAACACGUCCGCCGCGGACCAGCCGGCCUUCCGCGUGUCCCUGGGCGACCUGGCGCCCGCGCAGACGCCCACGCUGCACCUGGUGCUGUACGCCGUCAACGCCCGCGGCCGCAGCGAGGUGGCCAUCAUCGAGGACAUCACGCUGGGGGACGCCGAGAAGAGGACAGAUGCCACCGGCACGCCGGGCACCGGGGGCCUGGGGCUGGUGCCCCUCGCCGCGCUGCUCACGGGGGCCGUGCUCGCCGCGAGCCUGGCCACGCUGCUGGCGGCCGUGCUGGCGCUGCGCAGGAGGCGCUGCCGCCACGAGCACGGCUCCAAGCCGGCGGGCCUCGUUGUGGCCCACGGCCCCCGGGGCUGCGUCACGUCGUACGUGGUGAAGCCGGCCGCCGAGUGCGAGCGCAAGCCCGACAUCCUCAACCCCUCGAGAGACACGAGCGAACAGAGGAUAGACGCCCAAGCCACCACGCCCCAGCUCUAGUACUUGUAAAACUGGACCAGAGAGCAGCUAACGCUAGGAAGGUGUCAUGAUGCGGAGUGUCGUCGGAUAGGGACCAAGAACAAUCGCCUGGCGCUAGCAACAUCUCUGCUUCAGUUCCGUUUCUGCCUGCCUGGAAGCCUGGACAGGGAGACAAGCAUCUUCAGCAGGCACAAGCCACUCGGGAAAGUGCCAUCAGCUGCGAUGAUCUACAAUACUUCACAUUGAAGUCGGCACAGCAAUAUCUGACACGAACGUUCUGGAUCACUUCUUCCUCUGGUCAUGAGGAUAACAGCUGCUGGCAAACAUCUCUCUAGUAUUAACCAGAAAGAUGCCUUAAGUAUCACAAAUGCAGUGUGACCAAGUAAUCACAAAUACCUGGGGAAAAUAAAUAAAUCAUUAUUUAUUAUCAUGUGUAUUGAGAACUAUUCUAAACUAGGAAAUUUCUGCCACUUUCCAGUUUCAACAGACAGCAAGACAAUUCAAUUGAAUCUACAUAUUGACGUCUCAUGCCCAACCACGACUAAUCUGCCAGCCUCGCCCCAACUUGGUUUCUGUGGCCAUUGCAAUGCUCCGGGGAUACAGAAGAACUACUAGGUGCUGUGGUGGAGCUGUGGUAGCCAUUAAUGUGGUCUGUACUUUUCGCAGAGAACUUCAUGGAUAUAAGAAAGCAAAUACAAAAUACUGUGUCGUGAAUAAACUUAAUUUCCGCAAAAGACCUAAAUGUCAAAAAUACUUCGUGACUGCAGUGGUUACCUAUUGUAGUUGUCUGUUGGUGAAAAUUUUAUUUGGGAGAUAUAGUUUUCUACUCUUGCUUCUGAGGACAUGCCACCUGGUGAAAAGGUUUGCAGUGCUAUAACUGUUUGCUCGGGAAAUAUUCUAACAUGUUUGAGAUUAAACAUUUUAAAAUAUUUUACUUCAAAGUGUCGGAAGAGAAAAUAAAUUCUUACCUGAA